CUAGACGAGAGGAGACGACAGCGGCGAUAGCAGCUGGAAGAGCAAACGCACCUGAAGGGAGGGGUCAGGAUUGCUUGCCUAAUCUCACUGGGACAGGCAGCCGUAGACAAACAGCUUCUAUAAUCUUCACUUGGAUUGCCCCAGCUUCAAGUAACAAGAGCUGCUUUGUUGAUUUUUCAAACUACGGAGCGAUUUAUGACGGAUUCCGCUUUGGAGAAAUCGGUUGAAAAAAAUAUCUCGAGCUCUCUCAGUACAAAGCUGCCUUCAAGCAAGGAAGAGAUUGAUUUAAAGGGCUUUAUUUAAUAAAGGGCAUGGGUAGGAUUCCCAGUGCUUGAUUUAGGAGGAAGACCUGUUGAGGAGCCUCAGUUCUCUUCCUAGCCAGCUUCUGAGCUUGGUAUGGAUAAUGGUAGAGCGGUGGAAGCUCAAGUAGGCUUAAAACAGAAAGAUGCGGAGGUCAGAGUCCAUGGACGUAUUCUUCCAGAGAGUGCUGAAGAGAAGAAAAGUGUGAUCAACUCCCUGGUGUCUGGGGCAUUGGCUGGUGCUGUGGCCAAAACAGCCGUGGCACCGUUGGACAGGACGAAAAUAAUUUUCCAAGUGUCGUCGAAUAGAUUUUCUGCUAAGGAGGCCUACCGGCUGAUCUAUCGUACCUACCUCAGUGAAGGCUUCUUCAGCCUAUGGCGAGGCAACUCGGCCACCAUGGUUCGGGUAAUCCCUUACGCUGCCAUCCAGUUCUGCGCACAUGAGGAAUAUAAGCAGCUUUUGGGCAGCUACUAUGGCUUCCAGGGAAAGGCGCUCACCCCUCUGCCUAGAUUCAUCGCAGGCUCUAUGGCAGGGAUCACAGCUGCCAUGCUGACGUAUCCCCUGGACCUGGUCCGUGCCCGUAUGGCAGUAACGCCGAAGGAAAUGUACAGCAACAUCAUUCACGUAUUUAUGCGGAUAUCUCACGAGGAAGGAUUGAAGACCCUGUAUAGGGGCUUCUCACCUACCAUCUUGGGGGUGAUCCCUUAUGCUGGAUUGAGCUUCUUCACUUAUGAGACACUGAAGAAGCUGCACGCAGAUCACAGCGGGAGGAGAGAACCCUACCCCUUGGAAAGGCUAGCGUUUGGGGCUUGUGCAGGCCUGAUCGGGCAGUCGGCCUCUUACCCUCUGGACGUGGUCCGUCGGCGGAUGCAGACCGCAGGGGCGCUGGGCUACUCCUACGGGUCCAUCCUCCUCACCAUGAGGGACAUCGUUCGGGAAGAGGGGCUCGUCCGAGGCUUGUACAAAGGGCUCAGCAUGAACUGGGUCAAGGGUCCCAUCGCCGUGGGCAUCAGUUUCACCACCUUUGACCUCAUGCAGAUUCUCCUCCGUAAAUGGGAGCGCAGGGUGAAUGUGCAGAGGUAACGCCAAACUUGCCGCCCGUGCGAGGGCUCCUUGUGGAGAGUGAGCGGCCACCACGGUGGCGCCAGUCGGUGCUGACGAACGAGGAUGGACAAAUCUUCCUUUUUUUUUUCUUUUAAAAAAAAUCCCCAUUCCCUGAUCCCAGACGAGAUUCUCACGGUAGAUCUGAAUGACCUCGGAGAAUUUGGUUUCAGGCGCAACACAGAUUCCUCUUUAACUGUGGCCUAUCUCCUCUCCGGUUUCCAGAUAAUGAAUGUGCAAAGAAAGAAUAGUAGAAGUCAGUGCAGGAUUUUCACUGUUUUUACGAUGGGAUCUACACAUCCCUGAAUUCUCCAAGUUAGGGGGAAAAAGGGGGUCGCUUUCACUGCUAGCCUCGUAACAGGAGGCAGCAGCGGAUGUGGUUUUAUCUGUGUCAAACGUUCCCUCCCCCCAUUCUUCCCAUUCUCCUUUUAUUUUUAUUUUUUCCCCCCCACAACUCUCCUCACAUAUCAUUUACCUCUUGGAAGUGCAAUGUCAGGUUGGGGUGGGAAUAUUUUACCAUAGAGUUGACUUUAAAAAAAAAAAAAAGGACACUUCCUCUGGCAUUUUUUGGGGUUGCUGGAAACCAGGAGGUCUUACAUCAACAGUGGUUCACCUUGUUGCUUUCCAGAGCAGCAUUUAAAUAAAGGAUUUUGUGUUUUGUUUUGUUUUUCAAAGAAAAGAAAAGAAAAAAAAGCAGCAACAACAGCUCCCAGAUAGGUUUUUCCCUUUCCAUUGGAGAUGGUUCACUCUGGGGAAAAAACAUUACCAGUGCACAGUGUUAACUGGAAACGCUUGCUGUCUUGAUAUGCUAUCCAUUUUCAUUUCUUCAGUAUUAUCCAUGUUAUUUCCUCAGUAGGGAAAGGAACUUGAAAGGAUUAUGGCUCUUUUUCUGGCUCUUUUUCUCUGAACCCUCCGUGUGCUUCGUGUGUUUUUAAGAAAUUUGCUUGCUUGAAAUUGGAGGGAACACACCUGUUGGCAAAACCAGCAGCCUCAUGUUGUAACCUCCUUCCUAAAUAGUAUCAUUUCACUACUUAUUUUUCCUUUUCCUCUUUUCCUUUGCUGUUGCUUGUCAGAGUGGAGAAUACCAUUGUGCCACGUUGGGCAAACUUGCUGUGGCAGCUUACGUAUUUCCUGCAUUUAGGUGUCUUUUGGACAGUUUUUUGCUGCUUUUUGCUCUUUUUCUCUUGCCUGUUUUCUGCUUUAUCCAACUUUAAGGCCACUUCGGUUUGGGGUGGCGGGGAUAGCAACGGAUUACCCCGAUACGAUUCUCAAGUCCUUCCCUUCUGGCUAAACGCAAGGGUGGGGGGACUGUGGCCCUUUUAUGACUUGUGGACUUCAACUCCCAGAAUU